CAAGGCUACCGUUGGCUGCGGACUCCAAAAUCGAAUGAUAUGUUAUCAGACGAAAUUUUCGAACUCGCUAAUCGAUGGAUAAAUGAAUGCAACGAGAAAUGCCAGUGUGCAAACCUGUCCAUGUCACCAAAAAGGAACCAGUUUCAAGCAGAAGGAUGGUGGCUACCGAAGCGGCUACUUGAUCUACGACGGCUUCGGAACAUAAAUGGAGUACAGCGGAUUGGAUCUCUGACUUUCCAAUCUCAAAUUUCAAAUGUUGCGCGUGAGAGGAUUAAGUUAAUUGAACCGAGAACUAAUGCUACCGUUAAUAAGAAUGAUGUUCGCUAUGCAACGCUGAGUCACUGUUGGGGCAAACCACAUAGCGUGAAGGGUCAGCUCAAGCUUACUGAAGAGAAUGAAGCGAGAUUCAAGGAUGCAGGAAUCGAACUCCGGGAACUGCCAAAGACAUUUCGUGAUGCGGUAUUGGUCGCAAGUCGCUUAGAAGGAGUUGAAUACCUAUGGAUCGAUUCUCUAUGCAUUAAGCAACGCCCGACUGAUGGUACAUCCGACAAUAAAGCAUCGGAGAGAGACUGGCUGGAGCAGUCUCGAGAAAUGGAUCGAAUAUAUCGUUAUGCAUAUCUGAACAUUUCUGCUACCAUUGCGAUUGAUUCAGACCAAGGUCUAUUUUAUCAACGAAACCCUGAAGAACUAUGGGAGGAUGAAGUCAGCCUCAAUGUCACAGACCUCAUCACGUCCAAAGAGAUUCAAUGGUCAGCUACGGAAAGCAUUUUCAGCUUUCCCAGGGGCAAAACAAAUUCUGCAGAUGACUGUAUAUUGAGAUGUGUUAUCAUUGACGUCACCUUCUGGGCGUGUCUCAUUGAAGACGCGCCUGUGAACAGAAGAGCAUGGGUUCUUCAAGAACGACUGAUGGCACCUAGGGUAUUGCAUUUUUGCCGUAAUCAGAUCGCUUGGGAAUGCUCUACUUUUCAAGAUGCUGAGGCCUAUCCCAAAUCAUUGCCUCCUUUAACUUUGCGACAUGGAGACAUCUUUGAAGACAUAAGAAUCAAAUGCUUAGUACCUGAGACAGGGCUAAAAUUGCGUGAAUUGAGAUUGAACGGCUUCAACGAUCCCGAUAAGCACAUUGAGAAUCUAGGCGCGUAUGAGUUAUGGAAGCGCGUAGUAGAAAUGUACUCCAAAACUUUGCUAACGAUCUCUGACGACAAACUCCUAGCUCUCGCGGGUCUUGCUAAACACUUCCAGCAAUGGACAAAUUGCGAAUAUGUUGCGGGAAUGUGGAGAACAUUUUUGGAAAGUCAGCUUCUUUGGCAUGUCAAUGAAGUCUUUCGAGACGGCAAUUUUGAAGUCUCUGCCAAACGGGUCCCACGAAGAGCACCGUCGUUUUCUUGGGCGUCUAUUGAUGCACCAUGCGGCAUUACAUACGGAGAGGCGACGGAUUACAAGGACGACGAGCUUUUCAUUAGGGUAGAUGAAUACAACCGCGACCUUUACGAUCCAAAAAACCAAUUUGGAAUGCUUCAGGACGGAUACGGGUUCCUCAUGAUUACACCCACAUAUCUACAUUCGAUCGAGGUGGAGAAAUUGCAACCUCCGCAUCGCGUACCUUACUGUUGGAAUCUGAAAGGAAACAAGAAACGAAAGCUGUCCAACAUGUAUUUGGAUGCUCCUGUCACGGAUCUUGAUGUUUUUAAACCGAAUGCAGAGCUUUUUUGCAUGCCGGUAGCAUACGGUGAAAGAACAGUCGAAAGGUCAUCAAGAUACCUGAUUUGCUUGCUUCUCAUGAAGAUUGAGUGUGAGCCCAGUAGCAAAACGUAUAUGCGCAUCGGUUUGACAAAGUUGUCAAAGUUCAGAGACUAUGACGUGCAGGAAGAGUUGGUUGGUAAGGAUGCAACCAAGUUCAAAGGUUGGAUCAAAAUUUAUUGACGAUUUGCGUGGCCAUCUUAACUUGAGCUAUGGAUCUGAUUUCUGGAAACACUUUGCGGAUCUCUAAGUCCAUUUUUGACAUGAGCUAGAGACUCUUCCCACUGCCAUUGAUCGAAUGCCUAAUAAGUCAU